GAGUUAUAGGUAGAGGAGAGAUAUAUCUCAUGGUUGCCUCUGACCAGCCUUCAAAUUUACUGUAUCACGCCUCUUUUCGUUUUCGCUCUUUUCCUGCUCAGCGAGGGAGAUUCACUACCUUAGCCGAUUCACAAAUUUCUCGGUAAUGCGGCUUUCGCUUGCGAUUCUUCUCAUUACUUAUACUCUUGAACCUUAAUCAUUUUCUUCAACCUAUCUUUAAUCUGCUAAGACUACACACGCGAUCUAGCGGCGUCCAAGAACUGCAAUCUUCUAGAAAUAUCUCAAGCUAGACGUGAAAGCUUGACAUAGCUACCUUCACACACUUGCUCACCUUUAACUCCACUUAUCUUCCUCAUUUUCACACAUCUAUCUGGAUUAUGAGACCUACAAAGAAAGAAAGUAAGUUUUGAUACAACAUAAAGAAAUGGAAACUACUCACAAUAAUCUAAUCUUCCCCAGAAAUGGAAGACAAAUCGUCCUAUAAAUAUUUCGCUCACAGAUGGGUUCGAUCUCAAACAACUCGCGCUUAUAUCUCACCUUAUAAAGCAUUUGCCAACCCCACUCCACGCAAGCACAAGUCGUCUUCCGCCAAGCCCCCAAGAAAAUAUAUAUUCCCUUAUAACAAGUCUAUUGUGCAUAUACCUACACCAGCUCCUCAAGCUCAAGCCCAACAAACCACCAAUCCCAGCAUCCAAGAUCCCAGAUUUUCCUUCACCUACAUCUUAAACACCUCAACUCCAGUCCCAAACCCAGUUCACCACCAAAACACCACUUUCCAAAACCUCCCCCAAGAAAUCCGCCGCAGGAUAUGGAACUACGCACGCUCCCGUACAAUCGGUAUCACCAUAUCCUCAGAUCACAUAAGCAGUCGUUCACCCAGUCCCGUAACCUUCCGCAUUAAUCGGGAGAGUCGGGAUACAACAAAAAUUCACUAUAAAGUCCAUCCGAGCUUUUAUAUUCUCGGUACGGAAUAUAGUACGAAAAUUUGUUAUCCGUUUUUUGAUCCGGGGGUUGAUAGUGUGGUGGUAGUGGGUGAGUUGAUGGGAGGUAGUGCGGCGAUGGGUACGAUUUUUGGAGUCUUUGGUGUCGGUGCUGGUGCUGGUGCAGACUUUUGGGGUAGGUCGGCUGGUUUUCGUAAUGGGUACAGAGAGAUGGAUUUGGAUUUUCAGGAUCCUUUAGAUGUGGUUCAAUCGUUGCAUAUUCCUGCUCAUGCAUGGAAUUGGGGAGAUAUCGGUAGGACUCUGAGGAAAAAUAUGAGGUUCACAAAUUUAAGGGAAAUUGUUUUGCAGGGUGGAGAGAUGGGAUUGAUUACCAAAGAAGAUAUCGGAAGGUGUAAAGGAUUUAUUGGAGCUUGCUUCGAGAGAAGUGUGGAGGAAAUGGCGGAGGAGGUGAAUAGUAAUACCAAAACUAGUCAGACACAUUCAGAAGUGAGAGUGGAAUAUCUUGCAAGUAGGGAAAUAAAAGUCCCUAAAAUAAAGAUUUUUAUGCCUAAAAUCCUCGAUUAUGGAUGGAUGUUCGAAGAAGAGAAGUUGGGGAUGGAAUCAAUUGAGGAAAGGAAAUGGGUGAUGAAUUUUAUUAGGAAGGUUAAAGCAGAUCGUUGA